GCGCGCCCCCCGCCCUGGGCCCGCCACCGCGCCCCGCCGCGCGCCGGGGGCUCCUUUCCCGGGCGCCCCUGGGCGCCCUCCGGCUCCAGUUUCCGCCCGCUCCUUGGAAUAACCCCUGAGGCUCCAGUCGUCGCCGCAAAGUUUCCCGAGGAGACCCGCCUCCCCGGCCGCUGCGCAGGUGAGGAGGCAGGGAGUGGGUGAGGAGGACUCCCUGGUGGACAUCUGAGAAGGGGCUGAAAGCAGGAAUAACCCGUCCCCGCACCUCCCAAGCAAGGAAACCUUUCUACAAACAGGAGCGGCCAAGCAGGACUGAGUGGCCCCCCGGCCCCCAACCAAACCUCUUCCCAGAGAGGGGGCAUGUGAGGCCUGACAGCUCAGUGGCGCAUAUGAGCAGCUGCAGCCCCGCGGUGAACAUCUGAACUCCUCAGCGGGGUAACGGACCCCCUCCUCCCCCCCGGAGACACAGCCUGAGUGGCAGCAACACCGAUCCUUUGGAGAGUGGCUCCCUCUCAGCUCUGUCACGCAAGAACGCUCUCUGCACCACAGCCCAUUCUGCCAAGUGACUUAAAGGGAUUAAAAAAAAAAAACUUGGUUAAGAAAAAGGGGUAAAAGCCACGCAGAAGCCUUUCAGAAGAGGUGGCGGCCAACAGACAAAAGGGCGAAAGUUGAAAGGGGGCAGCGAGGCCACCCUCCCUGGGACGGGCGCCGGGCCCUAGGGCAUGCCUGGGGAGCAGGGGCCCGGAACACCCUCAGGCCGCGCACGGGAGCCCCGGGACUGCGGGGGGCGCCCCCGCAGGCCCCUCACUCGAGCCCCUCACUCCAGGAGGAGAAGCCGGCAGUGUCCGCGGCCUGGGGUGUAACGAGACGCCGCUCCCGACCCGCGGCCACAUCUGAAUGUGAGGAGCCCGGCAGAGCGAAGCUCCUCCCUGAGCCCCGGGCGCCCCCCCAGUGCCACCCAACACCCCAGGUCUGUGAUCCGCACCCUGGGUGCCAAGGCUGGUGAGCUAGGAUGUAAGCGUGGCCCAGGCCCACCUUGACGGAAACGCAGCAUCCAGGGCGGCGGGCUCCCAGGCUGCAGCAAAGGAGGUCGGUGGGGGGGGGCCCAGCUCCGCCAGCCGUCCACCAUGGUGGUGGCACACCCCACCGCCGCCGCCACCGCCACCGUCACGGCCACCGUCGUGAUGACCACAGCCACCAUGGACCUGCGGGACUGGCUUUUCCUCUGCUACGGGCUCAUCGCCUUCCUGACGGAGGUCAUCGACAGCACCACGUGCCCCUCCGUGUGCCGCUGCGACAACGGCUUCAUCUACUGCAACGACCGGGGGCUCACGUCCAUCCCCGCCGACAUCCCUGACGACGCCACCACCCUCUACCUGCAGAACAACCAGAUCAACAACGCCGGCAUCCCCCAGGACCUCAAGACCAAGGUCAACGUGCAGGUCAUCUACCUGUACGAGAACGACCUGGACGAGUUCCCCGUCAACCUGCCCCGCUCCCUGCGGGAGCUGCACCUACAGGACAACAACGUGCGCACCAUCGCCCGGGACUCGCUGGCCCGCAUCCCGCUGCUGGAGAAGCUGCACCUGGACGACAACUCCGUGUCCACCGUCAGCAUCGAGGAGGACGCCUUCGCCGACAGCAAGCAGCUCAAGCUGCUCUUCCUGAGCAGGAACCACCUCAGCAGCAUUCCCUCGGGGCUGCCCCGCACACUGGAGGAGCUGCGGCUGGACGACAACCGCAUCUCCACCAUCCCGCUGCACGCCUUCAAGGGCCUCAGCAGCCUGCGGCGCCUGGUGUUGGACGGCAACCUGCUGGCCAACCAGCGCAUCGCCGACGACACCUUCAGCCGCCUGCAGAACCUGACCGAGCUCUCGCUGGUGCGCAACUCGCUGGCUGCCCCGCCCCUCAACCUGCCCAGCGCCCGCCUGCAGAAGCUCUACCUGCAGGACAACGCCAUCAGCCACGUGCCCUACAACACGCUGGCCAAGAUGCGCGAGCUGGAGCGCCUGGACCUGUCCAACAACAACCUGACCACGCUGCCCCGUGGCCUGUUCGACGACCUGGAGAACCUAGCCCAGUUGCUGCUCCGGAACAACCCUUGGUUCUGUGGCUGCAACCUCCUUUGGCUGCGGGACUGGGUGAAGGCGCGGGCGGCCGUGGUCAACGUGCGCGGUCUCAUGUGCCAGGGCCCCGAGAAGGUCCGGGGCAUGGCCAUCAAGGACAUCACCAGCGAGAUGGACGAGUGCUUCGAGGCGGGAGCUCAGGGUGGCGCGGUCAACGCCGCCGCCAAGACCACGCAUGCCAGUGACCACGCCUCUGUCACCACGCCCCAGGGCUCUCUCUUCACCCUCAAGGCCAAGAGGCCGGGGCUGCGCCUCCCUGACUCCAGCCUCGACUACCCCAUGGCCACGGGCGAUAGCGCCAAGACCCUGGCCAUCCACGUGAAGCCCCUGACGGCAGACUCCAUCCGCAUCACAUGGAAGGCCACGCUGCCUGCCUCCUCCUUCCGGCUCAGCUGGCUGCGCCUGGGCCACAGCCCGGCCGUGGGCUCCAUCACGGAGACCCUGGUGCAGGGCGACAAGACGGAGUACCUGCUGACGGCCCUGGAGCCCAAGUCCACCUACAUCAUCUGCAUGGUCACCAUGGAGACCAGCAACGCCUAUGUGGCCGACGAGACGCCUGUGUGCGCCAAGGCAGAGACGGCCGACAGCUCCGGCCCCACCACCACCCUCAACCAGGAGCAGAACGCCGACCCCAUGGCGGGCCUGCCCCUGGCGGGCAUCAUCGGUGGCGCCGUGGCCCUCGUCUUCCUCUUCCUGGUCCUCGGGGCCAUCUGCUGGUAUGUGAACCGGGCCAGCGAGCUGCUGACCCGGGAGCGGGCCUACAACAGGGGCAGCCGGAAAAAGGACGACUAUCUGGAGUCGGGGACCAAGAAGGAUAACUCCAUCUUGGAGAUCCGCGGCCCCGGGCUGCAGAUGCUGCCCAUCAACCCUUACCGCGCCAAAGAGGAGUACGUGGUCCACACCAUCUUCCCCUCCAACGGCAGCAGUCUCUGCAAGGGCACACACACCAUCGGCUACGGCACCACACGGGGCUAUCGCGACGGGGGCAUCCCCGACAUAGACUACUCCUACACCUGAGGCAGCGCCCCUCCCCUGCCUCCCGGCGCUGCCACCGCGGGGGGCUGUGACCAGCUGGCUGCCAUCCGACGGGAACGAGGCAAAGAAACUCCACGCUGACUUUCCCGGCGGAAAGCAGAGUUUGGGGAGGGUUGACAGUUUUGUAGGACACAACAGUGGGGGAAAAAAAAAUUUUUUUUUUUUAAAGAAUAGAAGGCAGGAGGGAGGUUUGACGUUGCUGAAGACAUAAUUUAUACCAAAUUAUGCCAGGUGGGGAGGGAAAGACUAAAAAUAAUAUGGCAGGAAGGGUUGGGUCGGGGCUUUUUUUUUUUUCCCCUGAGCUGGGAAGAGACUACCUGUGCGUCUCACGCUCCGCGCAGGGCCAUCACAGAGGAGCCGUUUCAGAAGCCGCCAGGCACGAAGCCCUUCACACAGCCCUCGCGGCCGGCUGCUCACUGGAGACGACAUGAUGGAAGGUUUUCGGGCUUCUCACAAAGGAGAGGGGAAGAAAAGGAUAUUUUGCUGUGGAGAUAUUGUCCCGAAAUCUCUUCCCUGGCUCCUUCCAUGCCAUUUUCCCUUACAGAUGGGCAGAAAAGAGUGCGUCUUUCACGGCACUCUUUGGACCACGGUGUAGUCGAUUAAAAAGCAAACUUCCUUUUUCCUAUACUGGAGCCCUCCUCAGUUCCAUGCAGCAUAGGAUCGCGGGAGCGCCAUGGAAGCUGUGGCUCUCCCCAGCCACCUGGAGGUGCGUCUCUCGACCCGUCUAUCUUGAUGGGGUGUCUCUAUAUACAGAUGGGUAGACAGAGCCACGUAUUCAGUCCUUACAGUUCUGCUUGGGUCAGUUCGUGCAAUGUCCUGAGACAAUAGAGUCGCGAAGAUGUUGCUUUCUCCUAGAAACCACUGAGCAGGUGUGAACAGGGACAAGAAGGAGAAGAGUAAACUAAGGAAGCCCAGCGCGUAUGCCCUGCUGAGCAAAUGUUUUUAAGAGCCACCAACUGCAAUCUCCCCUCCCGAUGUUCAAAGGUUACCGCAUCUCGUGAGGUAUGGUGUGAUAAAGCACUGGUGGGGUUGGCGGAUGGCCGGGGGACUCAGCAGAAUCCCUCCCCCACAGCCUGGGGAGGAAGAGAGCAGGGAGUGGUCCUUGGGCAGAGCCUGGUGAACGGAGCGGGUCCCUCUGCCGCAGAAGGCGGAUGCCUGGCCAGCCCAAGGCCCGGGGAAGGCAAGGCUGCGACCAAGGUCCCUUCUGCCACCCGAGAGACCCCGGCCGGGGCACCCCUGCUUCCCUUGAGCCCCUGCACUUGCCCCCCUGCAGAAUCAGCCCCUGGCCACCCCAUCUUCUCCAUUUCCCUCUGAAGGGCAGAGUAGUCUCGGGGGUCUGAGUGGUGGGGCUGCUCCCUCUGCUGCCUGCUGCCAUCUGACUCCUGGCUGGCUGACUCGGCCUGGCCCCGGGGCCCACCUGCCCCCCUCCCAGCGUCACCACUGGAUACGCAAACACCCACCACGACGACAACACAAACCAAAGUGCACUGCAAACCGCCCUUGGGCCUCCUUCCUGUAGGUGCCUUGAAACUUCAAUGUUGAGAUGAAUGUGAUGAACUUAUUUGAUCCUAUUUUCUGUUUGUCUCUUUUCAUAUAAAAUGUCCAAGUCCACUUUCCUUGUCCUUUUCUUGAAAUAAAUAGAAAGAUUUAACUUU